CCACUAACUACACGAAGAACCGAGCACGUACUCUUCUGCAAAAAUCUCCAAACCUCUACAAAAUCCUCCUCCAUUUCUCCACAAAAUUACAUAUCUGCCGCCACCACCCUCUCUCUUCCACUCUGCAACUCAGCCAUGGCGUCUCUGCAAACCCACCAUUACCAUCUUCAACUCCACCGCCGCUGCGUCUCCUCUCUCACUGCCCCCAAACUCCGCAACCUUCGAUUCCCCAACCUUUCUCUGCGCUUCCCGGCUUCAUUGCCCGGUAAAGUUAGGGUUUUUACUCUCAGAGGAAAUGGGAGGGGCAAGGAUGGAAUUUACUCGUUUUGCUGCGUUUGCAGAGCUGGCGCUGAGAUUGAAAAGGUUGAUGGUGAGGAAGGAAGUGAAAGGCCUCCUUUUGAUAUUAAUUUGGCAGUGGUUCUUGCAGGUUUUGCUUUCGAGGCCUACUCGAGCCCUCCUGGUAAUGUUGGAAGGCAUGAAGUUGAUGCUGCAGAUUGUAAGACAGUGUAUCUUUCAGAGUCAUUUAUACGUGAGAUCUAUGAUGGCGAAUUAUCUGUUAAACUGAAAAAAGGUCUCGAGUUACCUGCCAUGGAUCCAUGGGGAACAAGUGAUCCAUAUGUAAUUAUGACAUUAGAUGGUCAAGUCGUAAAAAGCAAGGUUAAAUGGGGGACCAAAGAGCCAACAUGGAACGAGGACUUCAGUUUUAAUAUCAAGCUGCCUCCUACCAAAAAUCUUCAGGUUGCAGCUUGGGAUGCAAACCUUGUAAGUCCACAUAAACGAAUGGGGAAUGCGAGCAUCAGUCUAGAAGACCUUUGUGAUGGAAAUUUGCAUGAAGUACUGGUGGAAUUGGAAGGAAUGGGAGGCGGUGGAAAAGUACUUUUAGAGGUCAACUAUAAAACUUUUGAUGAAAUUGAUGAGGCAAAAAAGUGGUGGAGUAGGGUCCCCUUUGUUUCCGACUUUCUCCGUAAAAAUGGUUUUGAACCUGCUAUGAAAAAAAUGUUUGCUGGCUCGGACACUGUGCAAGCACGUCAAUUUGUGGAAUAUGCUUUUGGGCAGCUAAAGUCAUUCAAUAAUGCAAACCUUAUGAAGAAUUUAAUUGCAAGCGGUGAUGUGAAUGACACAAAAGGCACUGGGAAAUCUAAUUCUGCUGGUGUGUCAGAUGUGACUUCCCAGAUGGGUAGCGUAGCAGAAAGUUUUUUAGAUAAUGCAGGCUUCAAUGCAAGCAGCAAUGUAGACGAGUCCAGCAUAGAUAAUGGUGGUGUGGAGAAUGGACAUACCCCUGAACCACUGAAAGAACUUGGUGAAGAAACACAAUCAGAUAAGAAUUUCUGGAAGAAAUUUGCCAAUGAAAUCAAUCAAAAUGUUGCUGAGAAAUUUGGUCUGCCAGUUCCAGAGAAAUUAAAGUGGGAUGGGUUUGAUAUAUUAAACAGAUUUGGUUUGCAGUUACGAGAGAUAGCAGAAGCAUCUUAUAUUGAAUCAGGGCUUGCAACUCCAGAAGGCUUAGAUGUUGAUAAGGAUAAAACAACUAGCCCACUUUCCAUUAGCAUGAUUCAGUCUUCACUUCCAGAUAUUAAGAAAGCAACAAGGGAUCUAUUAAAGCAAACUGAUUCUGUUUUAGGAACAUUUGUGGUUCUAACUGCUGCAGUAUCUGAAUCAAACACAGAAUCAAAUGCGGUAGGAACGAGUGAAACUAAAGUAGAGGAUAGUAGCAAUGUAGAAGAUGAUGCCUUGACUGAUCCCACAACCAAGGAGAUUGCUAGCGCACGGGCUGCAGAGGAGAUGAAAGAACUCUUUUCUAGUGCAGAAAGUGCCAUGGAGGCUUGGGCGAUGCUUGCUACUUCUUUGGGACACCCAAGUUUCAUAAAGUCUGAGUUUGAGAAACUAUGUUUCUUAGAUAAUGCAACAACAGACACACAGGUGGCAAUUUGGCGUGAUUCUGCUCGGAAAAGACUAGUUAUUGCUUUCAGGGGAACAGAACAGUCAAGAUGGAAGGACUUGCGAACAGAUCUGAUGGUAGCUCCUACUGGGCUAAAUCCAGAAAGAAUAGGCGGAGACUUCAAACAAGAAGUUCAAGUUCAUAGUGGUUUCUUAAGGGCAUAUGAUUCAGUCAGGAUAAGGAUCGUCUCUCUCAUGAAAUUGGCAAUUGGUUAUUUUGAUGAUAUUGCUGAGCCGCUGGACAAAUGGCAUGUUUAUAUAACGGGUCAUAGUCUAGGUGGUGCAUUGUCGACCCUCCUGGCUCUUGAACUUUCCUCAAGUCAGCUAGCAAAGCGUGGACUGAUUUCUGUGACCAUGUAUAACUUCGGAUCUCCUAGGGUUGGUAACAAAGUAUUUGCCGAAAUUUAUAACGAGAAAGUCAAAGAUAGCUGGAGAGUUGUAAACCACAGAGACAUCAUCCCUACAAUCCCCCGCCUGAUGGGAUACUGCCAUGUAGCUCAACCUGUUUACCUAGCAACAGGAGACCUAAGAAAUGCCUUGGGAAAUAUGGAGCUCUCUGAAGAUGGUUACCAAGCUGAUGUGAUUGGGGAGUACACACCAGAUGUACUUGUCGGUGAAUUCAUGAAGGGUGAGAAGGAGCUUAUCGAGAAAAUAUUACAGACCGAAAUAAACAUAUUCCGUUCAGUCAGAGAUGGGACUGCACUUAUGCAGCACAUGGAGGAUUUUUACUACAUCACAUUACUAGAGAAUGUGAGAUCGAAUUACCAAGUUGCAGCAAGGACGCUGUCCGAAGAACAAGUGAAUGCGAAAGUUAGCUGAAGACCAGACUAGACCAUGCCAAAGUACAGAGGCAUCCGGGAAGCAACUAGUCGCUUCUGGCGGAACUUCUAUAAGAUCGACCACUACGUGGAGUGUGCGACGCUUAAGCAUGCCUUUCGUCGAAUGUAUUAAUUUGUAAUUACCAAUACUUUCAGGUAUUGUACCUACAACAUACCAACAUUAGUCAGGUACCAUAAAUUUAUCCAAAGCUUUACAUUCUAUACA